ACUUAAUAUUGAUAUGAAUGGUGAUGAUAGUUUGCACCCUAAUCAAAUCAAAAUUGUAGCUGCUCGUGGUGGAAGCAAUUUAAAUCUUAAUGAUGUUUUAAUUUCUGCUGAUUAUUAUAUUUUUGAUGAAGGUCCUGGACAUAAUCAUGAUUAUGAAAAAUGGACAACGCAAUUAGUAGGAAAUGUUUAUCCAGGCACUAAUCAGAAAAAGUAA